ACCAUGAAAGUUGCAGCUGCUCUAAGCCUUACACCAACUCUGCUGUAUCUCCUGCCAGCAACCGCCCAAAACAUGUCCUAUGGUGCCGACAACUUCUACCGGAGUGACAGCGUGACCCUCCGGCCCAUUAGCUUCAAGAACCAAUACCAGAUGACUGUGGCUGCGAAUCUCUUCGUCCCCCACAACCUCACUGAGAACGGGGGCGCUGCACCAGCCAUUAUCGUCGGCCAUCCGAUGGGGGCCGUGAAGGAGCAGAGUGCCAAUCUGUAUGCCACCAAGCUCGCCGAGCAGGGCUUUGUCACUCUAUCUCUUGACCAUCAGUUCUGGGGAGGUAGCUCGGGGGAGCCGCGCAAUGCUGUCUCACCCGACUUGUAUGCUGAAGCAUUCAGCGCCGCGGUGGACUACCUUGGCACCCAGGAUCUGGUCUCGAUCGACCGCCAGCGCAUUGGUGGAGUGGGCGUCUGUGGCAGUGGUGGUUUCCUCAUUAGCGCAGCGAAGAUCGACCCGCGCAUUCGAGCCAUCGCGACGGCGAGCAUGUACGACAUGGGCUCUGUCAACCGAAAUGGUCUUCAGCACGCCCAGAAUCUUACCCAGCGCCAGGCGAUCAUUGCUGACGCCGCGCAACAUCGCUGGACCGAGCUGGAGGACCCGAGUCAGACCCAGUACACUGGCGGUACCCCUAACGAGCUAACCAACGACACGUCACCUGUCGGACGGGAGUUUUAUGACUUCUACCGGACCUCUCGUGGUGAAUUCACCCCUGCCGGUUCGACUCCGGAGCUCACCACUCACCCGACCUUGACGAGCAAUCUCAAGUUCAUGAACUUCUAUCCCUUCAAUGACAUCGAAUCCAUCUCUCCUCGUCCCUUGUUGUUCAUCUCCGGCGAUCAGGCCCACUCCCGCGAGUUUAGCGAGGAUGCUUAUGCCCGAGCUGUCCAACCGAAAGAACUUCUCUGGAUUCCGGGUGCCGACCAUGUUGACCUCUACGAUCGCGUCGACCUCAUCCCCUUCACCAGGCUCACCCAGUUCUUCCAGACAAACCUCGCUAGCAACGACACUGGUGUGGCUCGUCGUGGCAUUAGCUCUGCCUAAUCGGUCUACACCUGUCUCGUGAGGUGUCUCGGUAUCAAUCACCGGUCGUUCGGAUUGUG